AACAAAUUACCGGCAAACAAUGCAAUGACAUCAUCCAUGUAUAGCAUACAAAGCUCCUGUCUUUAUUGCUUGUUCACCUGGUACUGAUGUACGGAGGGUGUAGAACAAAGGCAUGGAUCCUGAUUAUGCAGCGUUUGAAAGCUCUCUAUGCAAUGAAUUUAAGGAUUUCUGCAAGAAAAUUAGUGAUGCUUAUAAUGAAUUAAAAGAGGAUUUAACACCAUACAGAGAUGAUCGAUUUUACAGGUUGGCCCCAAUGCGACUGUAUACCUUGUCCAAGCGGCAUUUUGUUUUAGUAUUUGUUGUGUUUUUCGUAUGCUUUGGAUUAACUCUUUUUAUUGGUAUUGCAGGACCAAAUGUUAUUCAAGCCAACUCCACAGGGUAUGAAGUUAUUAACAAAUCUAAGGUGGAUCCAUUUAAAUUAAAUUCACCUGUCCUCUCUACAUAUAACCAACAACUAUGGUUGACAUGCAGAAUCGAUCUGGAUAAAGCUGAUGACUUCAGCAUCCAGACAAAUUUUACAAUGACUGUGCAAAUACACGGUGUAACCCCAGAUGCAACAGUGACCUUUAUCAGCAGUCCAGAACAUACCCGACCAAGAACAAUAAGAUGUGCACAGAAAUGUGAAGAGAUUAUUGUAGUGCAUCUGGGUUACUUGAACUACACUCAAUAUAAACUCCUUGUCAGCUUUGAAAAUUUGAAGCAGUUGUCCAUCAAAACAGUAACAUUUACUUGGAAAACCUACAGCCCAACAUUUUCCCAAGUGGAAAUUUGGUUUCGGUUUGUGUUUGUUGUGCUCACAUUUAUGGUGACGUGCCUGUUUGCACAUUCUUUGCGGAAAUUCUCAAUGAGAGACUGGGGAAUAGAACAGAAGUGGAUGUCACUACUUUUACCUCUGCUGCUUCUUUACAAUGAUCCGUUCUUCCCUCUCACCUUUCUGGUAAACAGCUGGUUUCCUGGCAUGUUGGAUGAUCUCUUCCAGUCACUUUUCCUUUGUGCACUUCUGCUGUUUUGGCUUUGUGUUUAUCAUGGCAUUAGAGUUCAGGGGGAAAGAAAGUGCUUGACAUUCUAUUUACCCAAGCUUUUGAUAGUCGGACUCUUAUGGCUUGCUUCAGUUACACUUGGAAUUUGGCAAACCGUGAAUGAGUUGCAUGAUCCAACAUAUCAAUACAAAGUGGAUAUAGGAAAUUUUCAGGGAAUGAAGAUUUUCUUUCUCAUUGUAGCAUCUUUGUACAUCUUGUAUCUCUUGUUCCUAAUCAUAAGGGCGUGUACAGAGCUAAGGAAUAUGCCUUAUGUUGACCUGAGGUUAAAGUUCUUAACUGCAUUGACAUUUGUGGUGCUUAUUAUAAGCAUUGUCAUCCUUUACCUGAGGUUUGGAGCACAAGUGCUACAGGAUAACUUUGUAGCUGAGUUGACAACUCAUUAUGAAAAUUCAGCAGAGUUUUUAUCAUUUUAUGGCUUGUUGAACUUCUAUCUCUACACACUGGCUUUUGUUUACUCACCAUCUAAGAAUGCCUUGUAUGAAUCUCAGCUAAAGGAUAAUCCAGCAUUUUCUAUGCUAAAUGACUCAGAUGAUGAUGUGAUUUAUGGAAGUGACUAUGAAGAAAUGCCACUUCAGAAUGGACAAGCCAUCAGAGCCAAAUACAAAGCAGAGUCUGACAGUGAUUGAGUUUUCCACAUCAUGAUGAGAGCCUUUAAAGAGCAGAAAGCCUUCCCACGUGCAGAUUUCUUGUGUGCAAGGCUCACCUGUUUAUCAAAGAAAACCGCUCCUUCCACAAAUGACUUUAUUUCCAUGAUGAAUAAAUAUAAAGUAGUGCAAGAAAGGCCUCACAAUGAGCCACAAUACGAUGAACAGAUACUUAUGUAUGCGUGACAGGGUUAAUCUUCACCUCAAACACUACAUUUAACCCUGGAAGGAUCAUGACAUUCUUUUCUCACUAAGGAACUUAACUAGCAUGUGUCAAAACCCUUAUACACUUCUAUUAUUUUGUUUAUGUAUUUUACCAAAACUUUUUAUUUAACAUCCCAUCAGUGAAGGAGCUGGCACUUUUAGGCCACAUUAUUUUUGCAUUACAUUUUCUUAUAUUUGGUCCCAUUUAUCAAAACAAAAUUUAGGUACAGUGCCUAUUUACAGAGUCAAUCCUUUCUUUUGUUUAAAAUGAUCACAUAUUUUCUUUGGUUUCAAUGAGCGAGCCUUAAUAUUGGGGAGGUGGUAGCUGUGAUCCAAAUACCCAGCGAGAAUGGGCCAUAGCGAUUUAUGUGUUUCAAAACAGUCCCCAAUGAAGAAUAACCCAGUUGUUCGCCUAGGAGCUUGACUAUGUUGUGCUUUAAGGUUAGAUGGUGGGUGGUAUAAAGUCUGCACUAGGGCAGGUGUCUUAGCUAUGCUAUUGAUAACUACACCGUAAGUAUAAGAGCUAACUACCCAUUACUAGUUAAAACAUUAUUUUAAAAGUCAUGAACAUUCUGCCACUUUUUAAAGGUACUUGUGUAGCUAAAUCUGCUGGUUCCAUCACACUGCUUUCCAUCAAACUGCUCAUGUUUGUGCAGCAUUUUCCCAAGUAGAGUCUGAGGGUUGGGGGGACCCUAUGGUCUCUGCAUGUAUAGUAUCUAGCUGGCAGAGGUGAGCAGAGCCUUACCCAUACAUUAAGGGGCAAUGGCCCUCCCCUGACUGAUUGACUGACUGCCUGUAGUAGGGAAAAGGCAGAUUAAAAGGACUCCUUGGGAAACCUGCCUAAUUCCCAAUUUUCAAAAUGGAAUAGUAAAAUCCCCUUUUUGUGUAUGUACCAGUAUAACUUUAAAUUAAGACUCUGCAUGGGUAGUAAAAAAAAAACCACAUGCUUUUCAGCCUUUUUUUUUUUUUCCUCUUAAUAGUCAUGGUUUGUGUAGUAUACAAGCACUUUAUUAAAUCUUUGCAGUAUAUUUGUAUGGUAUCUCUUAUCCUAGAAUCCUUGGGACUAGCUCUCCAGAUAAGGAGAGCACCAUGCCAAAACAUUUAAAUAUUGAUGAAAAUCCAUUUUUGUAUGUUUUUAAUUGGAGCAUUCUGGAUAGAUGGCACCUGGAUAAAAGAUCCCCAUGCAUGUAACAAUGACGUGUAUCCCUUUUGUUUGCCAUAAAGUAAAAUGCAAUAUUCAGAUGCACAGAAAGUCUAAUUUAGUCCUUGCAAUUAUAUGCACAACAAGCUUGAGAUAUAAAGUUCUUGUGCUGUCUGGUGAUAUCCAAUAAUGAGGGAGAUUUUAUGUAAAAUGACUGUAAUGCAAUGUAAAGGGUUUAACGUUUAAUCAAAUCCGAUAAGUGAAUAUAGCUUUACUAGCUAGCAUCAAACAAUGUGGGUUUACAGGGUCUGACCAGGCAGAGCAGUUUCUUUAAGCUUUAUAUUUUUCAGCUAAAGUGCAAGGGUACUGUAAGUUAAUUAUGCAAACAUGUCAGAAUCAGAAAAUGGCUUAGCAUAAUGUGCUGUCUAUGAAUUAUGUCCAAGGUGUCUUUUAUUUUCCUGGUUUUUAAGUUAUUUCACAUUCCAAUUUAGUUUCUGUAAGAUUGUACAAAAAUAUAUAGGGGCAGAUGUAUUAAAGAGUCAACUUCACUUUUGGUGACCAUUUUUUGCUCAAAUCACAACUGACAUUUUAUACUUGGUGUAAAUGUGAUUUUUAUUUGUCUGCUGAAUUUUGGCAAGCUUAAAAAAAGCUCGCGAAAAAUGUUAGCACGCGACUUACGUAAUGAAAAACAAUAUUCACUUACUCAGUUUUGCCAAGUAGAAAACUUGACCUUUAGUAAAUCUGCCCCAUAGUGUUGCCAAUGUGUUUUAAGAAACAACUUCAUUAAAUUGACAACUAUUCAUUAAGUGCAACUCAGGAAUAUUUUCCUUUCUUUCCUGCUUUAGACAUUAUUCUGUCUCCUCACAGUCUUUCAUAAAUGUUGGAAUCUGUUAUGCUGCUGUGUAUUACGGUUAUAUGUGUUGUGAUGGAAAUCUUUUUAACAGAUCAAGGAAAAUGAGACAAAAAUUAAAAUUUAUAAGAAAAA